AUGUCAGGAUACACAUGUACAAGUCCAAGGUGUGGUGUUGAAGACUCCGAGUGUUCUAUCAGUUAUCUCCCCUGUGAAACUCUUCUACAAGUAUUCUCCUACCUGCCAGCAAAGGAUAUUGUAGCUUGUAUAGGGACAUGUAAAUACUGGUGUGAAGUAAUCAACAACAGUGAAAGUCUGUGGAAGAUACAGUGCCUUACUCUUAAUAACAGUAACCAGUGUAUACAGGCUGACAAAAGGGCUGGUCACACCUGGAAAGAAAUAUUCAAGAAGAAUUAUGGUGCAAAUGGUAUAAAGAAUCUCUGGAAACAAGGAAUAUUUAGCAAUCUGAAAAGUUACAGAGAACUACCAGACAGACCAUUCUGUAGGCUUGACACUGAUAGCUGGGGACAGAUUUUAGAGUGGGAACUGGAAAGGUCUUGAUACAGGAAGUUAUU